AUGGCACUACCUACCCAGUCUGAUUGCAGUGUUUCUUCUGGUUCUAUUCGCCUACCAUUAACUCUUCUCGACACUUUGGUUCCUGGUUCUUCUCACCUCGCUUCACUCCUGCUUGGAUCUGGUCUCGAUGUCUCGUUGUUUGUCUCGUGGGGCGCCAUCCUGGCUACAGUAUGGGCAGCCCUCCAUUUCGGCCUGAUACCUGCGUAUCAAAUUGUUUUGAAAGCGCUCACCUCAUCGGUGAUUGUGGAAGAAUAUGAUCCCAUCUACGACCAUGUCCUCAACUGGGCCAGCGCCCAAAAGUAUCUGCAGAAUAUCCGUUCCCUCCGCGCUCAUACGGCAGGGCAAUACUACGACGGCCUGGAAGAUUACGAAGAGGAUGACCCCCUGCAGAAGCAGUUCCGGGAAGGCAUGCCCGAGGAUACCAUCUUUAAUUUCAAUAACUGGUCUGCCCGGGCCCCGCCAACCUUUCGACCUCAUUCUUCUUCGGGCUGGUUCUUCCACAGUUAUCGAUUGUUCAAACUAUAUCGAAAUCGCGAUCGGGUUGCCAGCGAAUACACCGGCGCCGUGUACGAAAGAGAACGGCUUGAGAUCUCAGUGAUCUGGUUGUCUCCUCAGCCGAUCAAGACCAUGAUUCAGGAGGCCCGAGAAUUUCAUCUCAUACGUCGAACGUCCACAACCACAAUUAAGCGCCCAACCCCAAAAUCUCAGAGAUCUGGACGUGGACAAGCAUGGACAACUAUCGCCAACAGACCGAGCAGAUCAAUGGCCACGGUCGUACUGGAUAACGAGCAAAAGGCGGCUAUUUUGAAAGAUUUCAACGACUUCCUGCACCCGCGAACGGCGCGAUGGUAUAGCAAUCGCGGGAUCCCGUAUCGUCGAGGUUACCUCUUUCACGGCUCGCCAGGCACCGGCAAGACUUCAUUGUCUUUUGCCCUUGCUGGAGUUUUUGGGCUUGACAUCUACUGCCUCGCACUGUCUGAGGCUUCCUUGACCGAAGAAGACCUGAUCCUGCUCUUUAACAGCCUCCCAAAACGAUGUAUCCUACUCCUUGAGGAUAUAGAUACCGCUGGUCUAGGCAGGGCACCAGGCUCGAACGAUGUAGGAAAGCGACAGACAACAGACCAGUUACCAUCUGGCGGAAAUAACCAGGACAAGAAAACCCCUGCCGAGAAUAAAGACGACAAAGACGACACCUCCGGAAUUACAGGCAAGGCAACAGAUCAGGCUGGUUCGGUCAGCAAAGAACCGACAUUCAAGAACACGCUCACAUUCGCAGGCCUCCUCAAUGCUAUAGAUGGUGUUGCAAGUCAGGAAGGCCGGGUCCUCAUCAUGACCACCAAUCACGUGGAAAGAUUGGAUGAAGCACUGACAAGGCCCGGUCGGAUUGACUUGACCAUCAAGUUUGACCUGGCGACCAAGCAGCAGAUCAAGGAUCUCUUUCUGCGGAUGUACUGUGCCGACUCAAUCGAGAUGCGAAGGCAGCCGACCAAGAUCAGCCAUAUAUUGCCGAACCAAGCGGAAACCGACCGGCCUGGUUCAAGCACAUUCACAGACUGGGGCACAGAGGGCAAUCAGACCGAUGGCCUCGAGAACAACCACAAGGACCCCCCAAAACCACGACUUCUAUCGAGGGAAGCUUCCAACAGCAGCGCAGUCUUCGACCUGGCAGAGCGAUUCGCCGAUUCUCUCCCCGACCGGACCCUUUCGCCCGCUGAGAUACAAGGCUUUCUCCUGGUCCGGAAGAAGUAUCCCGCGCAAGCAGUCGCGGACGUGGUCCAAUGGAGGGACGAGCAGAUUCAAAAAAAGGUCGAGCCAAAAGUGAACAAGGACGCAGUGAUGGCAGAAGUGGUGGGGUGUGACGAGAGUCGCACGGAGUCGAGCGAUGGCGGGAAGACGGCGGGAUUAUCCUCAUGCAAGAAAAACGAAAUACCCAAGCAGCAGCAGCAGCAUCAGCAGAAGAUGAUGGGCGUUCAAAACGGCUUCUCCGACGAGAUUACGCGUGAGGAACCAACGCCAUCAUCCACGGUCGAGCCAGGAGCCGGAACCCUGCCGAGAUCUGGUCCCGUUGAGAAUGGCAAUGGCAAUGGCAAUAACAAGGACGAUGAGACCACGUGCGAGAAUGGCGGCAAGGGGAUCACGGAAGACGGAGAUAUCGACGACCAGGGAGACGACCACAACGGCGACAGUGACACCCUAUGCACGCGUCGUCGACGACUCUGGGUCCCACACCCACGCUCAGACAGCCGACGACACGGACCUGCCGCCGUCAAUGGGUAUGCGCACGGCAAUUCUGACGGCGACAUCGAUCUCGACUUGGACUGUGAUGAUGUUGAGUUUUGA